CAACACCAUCCAAUGUAACAAAAGUCACAAGUUCUCCGAAUGGCUCAACACCAUCCAAUGUAACGGCAGUCACACCUUCAACCAAUCACACAACAGCAUCCAAUGUAACAACAGUAAAACUUUCAACCAUUGACACAACAGCAUUCAACGAAACAACAGUCACAACUUCUCUGAUUGGCACAACACCAUCCAAUUUAACGACAGUCACACCUUCAACCAAUCGCACAACAACAUUCAAUGAAACAACAGUCAAAUUUUCUCUGAAUGAAACAACAUCCAAUUUAACUGCAGUCACACCUUCAACCAAUCACACAACAGCUUUCAACCUAACAACAGUCACAACUUCUCUGAAUGGCACAACACCAUCCAAUGUAACGGCAGUCACAACUUCAACCAAUCGCACAACAGCAUUCAAUGUAACAACAGUCACAACUUCUCUAAAUGAAACAACGUUAUCCAUUGUAACGCCAGUCCCACCUACAUCCAAUCACACAACACCUUUCAAUGUAACGGCAAUCACACCUUCAACCAAUCACACAACAGCAUUCAAUGUAACAACAGUCACAACUUCUCUGAAUGAAACAACACCAUCCGAUGUAACAAAAGUCACAAGUUCUCUGAAUGGCACAACACCAUCCAAUGUAACGGCAGUCACACCUUCAACCAAUCGCACAACAGCAUCCAAUGUAACAACAGUAAAACCUUCAACCAUUGACACAACAGCAUUCAACGUAACAACAGUCACAACUUCUCUGAAUGGCACAACACCAUCCAAUUUAACGACAGUCACACCAUCAACCAAUCGCACAACAACACUUAAUGAAACAACAGUCAAAUUUUCUCUGAAUGAAACAACAUCCAAUUUAACUGCAGUCACACCUUCAACCAAUCACACAACAGCUUUCAACCUAACAACAGUCACAACUUCUCUGAAUGAAACAACACCAUCCAAUGUAACAAAAGUCACAAGUUCUCUGAAUGGCACAACACCAUCCAAUGUAACGGCAGUCACACCUUCAACCAAUCGCACAACAGCAUCCAAUGUAACAACAGUAAAACCUUCAACCAAUGACACAACAGCAUUCAACGUAACAACAGUCACAACUUCUCUUAAUGGCACAACACCAUCCAAUUUAACGACAGUCACACCUUCAACCAAUCGCACAACAACACUUAAUGAAACAACAGUCAAAUUUUCUCUGAAUGAAACAACAUCCAAUUUAACUGCAGUCACACCUUCAACCAAUCACACAACAGCUUUCAACCUAACAACAGUCACAACUUCUCUGAAUGAAACAACACCAUCCAAUGUAACAAAAGUCACAAGUUCUCUGAAUGGCACAACACCAUCCAAUGUAACGGCAGUCACACCUUCAACCAAUCGCACAACAGCAUCCAAUGUAACAACAGUAAAAUCUUCAACCAUUGACACAAAAGCAUUCAACGUAACAACAGUCACAACUUCUCUGAAUGGCACAACACCAUCCAAUUUAACGACAGUCACACCUUCAACCAAUCACACAACAGCAUUCAACUUAUCAACAGUCACCGCUUUAAUCAAUCACACAACAACAUUGAAUGUAACUAAAAUACAAUUUUCAACCAAUCACACAACAUUAUUCAAUGUAACAGCAGUCACACUUUCUCCGAAUUACACACUGACUACAGAUACACCUUCAAACAAUCACACGGCAGAGUUGAAUCGAACCACAGUCGUACCUACUCCAAAUGACACAACAGUACACAAUGCAACAGAGAACAACGUUACUGCAUCUAUUAACAAUAGGGACCUAAAUAGUACAGUAAUCACGAGUAAUGCAACAAUAACCACGUCUACAGCUUAUCCCAACGACACAACAGUUGUGAGUACAAUCCCUACUACCGAAAUUCAAAACAAGACAGCCACAGACAAUCAAACCACGUCACCCAACGCAGAAACACAACAAAACUCAACUACUUUGUCCCAAGACAUGACAAUGGCUACCACUGCAACUCUUAAUAAUACGGCAUUCACCAAAAACGUGACCGUGGACAAUGUGACGUUAACCAAGGACAUCGUCACCAAACCAACAGUAGCUCCACUCAUCAACCAGACUGUAAAUUACACCACAGCGAGAGUGACCAACAACAUCACAACAACCCACGGAAAUGACAACUUAACCACAGCUGCUUCUGCUGUCAGUACCACCAUCAAUCACAAUCAAAGUGUUGGAACCACCUUCAAUCUAAGCUCAACUUCAAGCAGUUCAACCGCAGACUCCAACUUGACAACGGAAGUACCAGGAGACAUCUUGAUGACUACACCCGCUCCUGUCAAAGCUACAACAAUAACAACAACUAUAAAGGGUACAGGAUCUACAUUCACAACUCCAUUAAAAACAAGUACAAGCCAAGAGGAGGAACAGGCCAACCAGUUGCUGGAUCAAACAAGGGAUGCAUCUAAGCUAAACUCCUCUCAGGUGGAAAAUUUGGUGGGAGACUUGGAGAAGCUUCUGGAUGGCCCCACAGUCUCUCUGGCUCUGGGACAAAAGGCUGUCAAUAUAAUUAGCAAUCUGAUGGGAGGCAACUCGUUGGCCGUGUCCGCAUCUGCUAACAGGCUGAUCCGUCUGGUAGACAAUCUGGGCAUUAAGCUGGUAGUCUCUGGCGACACAGAGAUCCUGUCUGCAGGUUUGCUGGUUCUGGCUGUGAAGAGAGUCGAUGGGACCAACUUCCCAGUAACAUCUGUCGAUAUUUUCAACACUGAUAAUGUCCAGCUCCGUGGCCUCAGUAGAUCCCGGUCCAAGAGGUCCGCGUCUUCUCUUGGGUCAGUAUUCUUGCCCUCCUCCCUCACCAAUGGGCUAAGUCUUGAGCAGCAGAAGGAAGCCAACAGGGUCCAGUUCAACUUCUACACCAAAUCAGUCUUCUUCCAGGAUGCAUCAUUAGAUAACCAAACCCUUGUCAGUCCAGUUCUGGCUGCCAGUGUGGCCAAUCUGUCGAUAAGUAACCUGAGGGAGAACAUUCAGUUUACCAUCCGAAACAUCGACCCCAUGCAGGAGAACUACACAGCCUCCUGUGUCUUUUGGCAAUCAACUGGUGGUACAGGAUUCUGGAGCACUGCUGGCUGCUUUGUUGUCAAUGCCACAGCAGAAGAAACAACCUGCAGCUGUAACCAUCUCACAUCGUUUGCAAUUCUGCUGGAUUUGUCCAGAGACGUGUUAAUUAACCCUCAGCAGGCGCAAAUCCUCACUUUCAUCACCUACAUCGGCUGCGGAAUCUCUACCAUUUUCCUCAGCCUCACCUUACUGACAUAUUUGUCAUUUGAAAAACUGCUGCGAGAUAUUCCUGCUAAGAUCCUGGUUCAGCUGUGCCUGUCCCUCCUCCUCCUCAACCUGGUCUUCCUCCUGGACGGCUGGCUGGCGCUCUACCCAGCGACUGGGCUGUGCAUUAGCACCGCCUUCUUCUUGCACUACUUCCUGCUGACAUCAUUCACCUGGGCGGGGCUUGAGGCCCUGCACAUGUACCUGAGCAUCGUACGGGUGUUUAACCCCUACUUCAGCAAUUACAUGCUCAAGUUCUCCCUGAUGGGGUGGGGCAUUCCCCUUCUUGUGGUGAUAGUGGUGAUAUCAGUGAACAAAGACAACUACGGUCUGGUGACUUAUGGAAAAUACACAGAUGGCACUUCUGAUGACUUCUGUUGGCUGCGUAACGACAUCGCCUUCUACGUGGGCGUGGUGGCCUACUUCCUCCUGAUCUUCGGUCUGUGUCUGCUGACCUUCAUCAUCGUCAUGAUACAACUGUCCCGGAUCAAAAAGCAGAACCCCCAGAACCAAGCUCCCAACAGGGGGGUGAUGACAGACAUGCGCAGCAUCGCUGGCCUCAUCGUGCUGCUGGGCCUCACCUGGGGGUUCUCUCUGUUCGCCUGGGGACCCCUCUACUUUCCCUUUGUGUACCUCUUCACUAUAUUCAACUCUCUGCAAGGAUUCCUUGUCUUUAUUUUCCACUGUGCUCUGAAGGAGAGCGUCCGCCGGCAGUGGAGAACUUACCUGUGCUGCGGGAAACUGCGAUUGGCCGAGAACUCAGACUACUUGAGUCGGACGGCCACCCAGAUCAAAAGCAACAGGGGGAUGUCUGUCACCACGGCCUCCACCUACGCGGCCAACGUCACCCCCCGAAGCUCCUCCGUCAUCAGCACCAGUGGAAGCGACUCCGUGUUCAUGGACAGCGGCAUAUCUGACGGCUCCAACAGCGACGUGCUCUUCAACGACAUGCACAGGCGGAAUCCCUCCUUGUGAGCGCCAGGACCGACAGGCGCGUGCCGCGUCCCUCCGCGAUCACAACCGCCCCCCCUCGUCCCCCCCCCGCUGGGAGGGAGCCCGGACACGGGGGUCCCCUGCAGCUCGAGCAGACAAACAAAACAAGGCCCGCCCGGAGGAAAGCUCCCCCAGUGUGACACGAGAUGAAGGUUUUACAGGUGGAAUGAAGGGAAGGGAGGAGUGAGACUGAACCACUGGCGUGAUGCCUUUUCUUUUUUAACAGAGGAAUGAUGUGAGAGACUCAAUUGUCUCACAGCGGCGUCUCGGUGUUCGUGUGGACUGUUGUUUCAAAAGCAACAUCACUAUGAACAUGAAACACGGUGGUAUUAUUUUUGUCGUUAGAGGUAGCUAAUAACAUUUUUACAGAAUAUCACAAAAAUGUAUUCACUUAGUAAUCUUGAGCAAACGCUGAAAGCUUUGUAGAAAUGUAUAUUUAAGUCUAUUUUUCUAUGCUAUUGUAUAUAUUUAUUUUUCACUUUGCAACACAUGAAGCAAUUUAUAGUGUGUUUGAAAUGCUCCACCGCCUAAGGAGCUAUUCCCAAAGUCCUCUGGGAAAGGAUCCGCUAUCUCGAGCCAGGAGAAGCAGGAGAAAUGAAGGAAAAAGUGCACACGCCAAAACUUGAAUGCUCGAUCUUACAUGCACAGUAAUUAAUUCAUAAAAAAAUAGAUAUAAGUGGCGGUUUAAAAGCAUUUCAAAUGAUGUGGGGGCAGACGCAUUCGAUUGUUUGUAUAUUUGAGAUCAUUGUAUUAAAUGAAAUGACGU